CACGCUUUCGGCCAUAAAUAUAUUUAUGCCCAGUUUCUCCAAUGUAUCUUAAGCUCUACUUGAAUCUUAAGAUCGCCUUAAAUCUUAAGUCUAUCUUAAAACGUUGCACCAACGCAAAUCUGCAUCUUAUAUUCACAAAGGCAGCCUUACAUUUAAGUCGUGAAAAUCUGCGACUUAAGUCGGCAUUAUUGUUAGUGAAGUUGAAAAUGAGUGGCAUUUUGUCUUUCAAACGUCACUUUUCAAAAUGGAAUUGAUCGAUGUCGAUGAUGUCGAUGUGGUUGAUAUGGUAGACAUAGUAGAAAAUAUUCGAAUACCACGGCAAAUUCACAUUAGGAGAAAUUUAUUUAAUAUUUAUUCUAAUGUUGAAUUUUUUCGACGAUUUCGACUCGAAAAAGGGACUGCUUUAUAUUUAUUGGAGAAAAUAGAACAUAGACUAGAGUACUUCCAUAACAGGUAAGUACACAUCAUUCAUAGGUUUGUUUCACGUUUGUAUACUUACCUACAUAUAAUGCUUUUUGUGACUAUUGUAUAGUGCGAAUUCAAGGUGUACAAUAAUGUUUUUUGAAAUUCAGGAAUAAUUCCAUCAGUCCCAUGAAUCAACUUUUGCUAACGUUAAGAGCUUAUGCCAGUGCAGGGCAUUUUGUUGCUGUUGGAGACUUUGUGCAUGCAGACAAGUCAACAGGAAUUUAUAUACAUGCCUCGAAAUGAAGUUGAAAUUGCAAGUGCUCAGAAUAAAUUUUACGACAUUGCUGGUUUCCCUAGAGUCAUUGGGGCAAUAGAUGGAUGUCAUAUAAAAAUUCAAUCACAAGGUGGAGCUGAUGCUGAAAUAUAUCGAAACAGAAAGGGAUAUUUCUCUGUAAAUGUGCAAGCCGUUACAAGUGCUGACCUGUUAUUCCAAGAUAUCGUCGCACGUUGGCCAGGUUCGACGCACGAUACCACCAUUUUUAGAAAUUCACGAUUAAUGCAUAGAUUCAAUAAUGGAGACUUUGGAAAUAGUAUCUUGUUGGGAGAUAGCGGUUAUAUGAAUCUUUCAUAUCUAUUUACACCUUUUCUGAAUGUUCAGAACGAUGGUGAAAGAAACUACAACAGAAGUCACGUUCAAAGUAGAGUCAAGGUAGAAAAUCUAUUUGGUGUUUGGAAAAGAAGAUUUCCUAUAAUAGCGUAUGGAUGUAGAAUGAAGCUAGAAAAUGUACUUUGUGUUAUUGUGGCUACAGCAGUUUUGCACAAUUUGGCUCGUUUGAGGGGAGAACCAGAACCACCUAUUGAAAAUUUAAUUAUGGAACACGAGCUUCAGCAAGCAAUUCGAGAUGGAGAUAUUCCUUUAGCCGCCGAAGAAAAUGAUUUAGGCUAUGAUUAUAGAAGACAUUUAGUAGAUAUAUAUUUUUCUAGAUUGUAAUUUUCGUAUUUUGCAAGUUUAAAGAUAAAUUAUAUUACAUAUUAACAUACCUACUACAAUAAACAUUUUUUAUUAAAAUUGAAAAUACGUACUUAUACUUAUUUAAAUGAAUUCAUUCUUCGAAAAAAUACUAGAUUUAUUUUAUGGCAACAUUUACUUGGAACAAGAGCACUUCCCAAUUUCCUCUUCCAUUAAGUAAAUUUUUUUCUUGUGCUCAACUUCCAUGGCAUGUAACAUUUUCUUGUGCUCCUUUUCUUGCAAAAGAAUUUCUUUUUGAAUUUGUAGUACUUCAAUUUUAGCUCUUUCUGUAGGUCCCAGGUCUGCGUUAAUUUUAGGUCUCCUUCGAGCAGACCAACGAGUGCCUCGUAAAAGUGUGGGCGUGGGCUCUUCGUAAGUAAGCAGAACGUUUUGAUUGCACAGUUCAGUUUCAUCAUGUGUUUGUUCUAAAGGUGUAAUCGAAGGUGUACUGGAUGUACACGGUAUUUCUAUGUUAAUUUCUUCUUGAU